UGCGCGCCCAUCGGAACAAAUACCGUUGAAAGCAGAAAGCAGAUCAAUCGAGCAACAUUGCAACCGCGCCAAAUUCCGGAUUGCAGCGCCGAAAAGGGUCAAGGGUUAUCAUGUGGUCAGCAAUUGGCCGCGCGACCGCGCAGCAGGUCCGCAUUGGCGGCAGGCUCUGGGUCCGCAGCACAAGCCGUCUUGCUGCGAAGCUUCCGGCCCGGGUCGCGCCCAUCAUUCCGAGCGGCGUCCGUGUCGCUGCUGUUUUCUCGAGGGGUUUCGCCGAGGCUGGUCGCCCAAAGAAGACGAGCAAGGCCGCGACCUCGAAGGUAGCCAAGAAGGCCGCUGCGAAGAAACCCGCGACGAAGAAGAAGACUGCUACGAAGAAGCCCGCAAGGAAGGCUAAGAAGGCGCCGGCUGCGAAGAAGGCGAAACCGGUCAAGGCGAAGAAGCCGCUGACGGAGGAAGAAAAGGUCAAACGCGAGAUCCGUGCAUUGAAGAAGACGGGGCUGUUGAAGGAGGAACCCGCCAGGCUGCCUGAAAACCCUUGGCUAGUGUACUCUUCGCAGCGGGUCAAGAAAGCGUAUUUGGAGUUGGGGCCCGACCUUAAUCUGCCCGAUGUCAUGGCCGGUCUGGCCAGCGACUACAAGGCCCUGUCGACCGCAGAGAUGGAGGAACUCCGUGCCGUCUGUGCGCAGAACAAGAUCGCCAACAAGACCGCGCUCAGGAAUUGGCUCGACAACUACACGCCGCAGCAGAUCCACGAGGCGAACCUGGCCCGCAAGCAACUCCGGCGAAAACACAAGAUCCAAACUAGGCCCACCUUUGACGACCCUCGCUACCCGUCCAGGCCGCUGAACUCUUAUGCAGCGUUUGUCAAAUCGCGCUUCCACGUGUCCGGAAUCAACGACCCCACCUCCGCCAAAUCCACGCUCUUGAGGAUCGCCAGCGAGUGGAAGCAGCUCGGUGCGGAGGAGCGAAAGGCCUUUGAGGAGAUUGCGAAGACGGACAGCGACAGAUUCGCCAAGGAGAUGGAGCCAUACCGCAAAUAACAAGGGCCAAGAGUGCAUAGUCUUGCAGCGCUAUGUUGGCAAGGCAUUAGCCGCUAGGCCGCCUGUACCUGUACGAUAACCAUGAGCGCCGUCCGUGGGAGG